UUUGUUUAUCAUAAUCUUUCUCAGGAUAACCAGUUUCAGGAGAAUUUCACUCGGUCCGCAGAGUGUAGAGGAGUCGAGUCCUUCCUCUCCCAUCCAGCAGGAUUGUCGGCCGGCCUCCACCUUCACAAACUAAGAACAGAGUCGAGCUUUGAACAGAUCAGAUGAUGAGGAGCGGAGUACGGCUGUUCAUUCUGGGCCUGCUGAGCCUCUGCAGCUCUGGGUCCGGGCAGGAUGCUGUGGAGGUCCAGCAUGGCGUCUUAAUCUUCUGUGACGACCCCUCGGUAGAGCAGGCCGUCAGCAGCGCCUUACACACGCUGAACAAGGGCUUGACCACUGGACACAAGCUGGCUCUCUUCCAGAUACUGUCAGCCAAAAAGUCAGAGAACGGUUCAGACUCGAUGUACGCUCUGGAGUUCACCAGCAGAAAGAGUGAUUGUUCAGCAGGGAGCAGCAAACCCUGGUCAGACUGUGACUAUCUGCAGCCAGGGCACAGGGCACCGAUUUCAUGCAACGCUACGGUCCAUAUGACGGAGACAGAAACCGACACUGAACAGGUGGACUGUUUUUUCGAACAGCACGUUGUUCCAGAGAGGGCUCCGUGCAUGGGCUGCCCUCAGGAAAUCCACGAGAACUCAGAGGAUCUUAAAGUUCCUCUUUCUGCAUCCAUUUCCAACUUUAACUCCAUGUCCAACUCAACCCACCUGUUCACCUUACACACCGUCGGCCAUGCAACCAGACAGGUGAUUGCAGGUUUCAGGUUCAAGAUAAGAUUUGAUAUGAAGAAAACCAACUGCACCAAGGAGGAACACAAAGAUCUGAACGACCUGUGUGUUCCUAAUGAAGAGAAUCUGGAGUUUGUUAACUGUAACGCUACUGUGGAUAUAGCACCAUGGAGAUUUGAGCAGCCCGAGGCUCAUACACAAUGUGAGCCAGGUACACUGCCUCCAAUGACGAUUCUUAGGCGCCGUCCUCCUGGCUGGUCUCCCCUCAGGACUGCUCCAAGCCCUUCACCUUCAUCGUUACCUCCAGAGAUGGGGUCAGGUCUCAAAGCUCCAGCAAAAGAAGAAUCGUCUGAGGAGGACAUCACGGCUUCCAACCCCUCAGUCUCCUCCAGUGUGAAUGACAACCCUUUCCACUGCCCAUCUAAACCCUGGAAACCUUUCAAACGGGUUCAAAAACCAGCAGCGCCAAAUGCAAACACACAGCCGUCAGUAGAGGGAACCUUCAGUGAUACAGACCUGCUGUCGACUUAAUUACCGUAUAUUAAGUCAUAACAUAUAUAUUCAGAAAUCUUAUCUGUUAUGUCUACAGAUUUUUUUAGGUCUUUGUCUUGCACACUAGUCCUGUAUACAGGAAUAUACAAUAUACAGUAAUACAUAUUUUUCAAAAGGAGCAUAUUCUGUAAUGUUACCCAGAUGAAAUUUUGAAUACCGUACAUGCAAGAUCUAUGUAAAAAGAAAAACAUGCAAAACUAAAAUGCUUUGAAUUUGUUUUGGCUCUAAGGACUUAAAACAAAACUGUAAAUUUCUAGAUUUUCACAUUUGCUCAUAAAAGGUUUUUUUUGUGUGUGUGUGUGCACAUGAAUCUAAAAAAUAGUUUUUUUCAAGGAUGGAGAAAGGACACUAGAAAUCUUGGAUCAACUUGUGAAAACUUUGGAGAAACUCUUGCAACUCAUUCAAACUAAAGUUGUUUGUGUAAAACUUUUAGUGGCGGUGGGGUGGGGGCAGAGCAAGAGCGAGUAACAGUGAAGUGAAUGUUUAACAAAUUUUAUUUGUACAUCUUCACAGAACACAGACGACCAGUCAGACAGGGUAAACAAAUCCCAACUCUGACCAGUGAAGCAAAACACGUUCAUUUUAGAAAAAUAUGCAGGUUACUUGUAUACAUGUACUAGACAGAGAGCAAAAUUAAGGCAAUGUUUCAGAAACAUAUGAAUGGAUGCUAAGGAAAAAAAAAUAAAAAAGGUCAUAAAGAGUAUUGAUUAACCCUCUUUUCCACCCAUCCACAAAAUCUCAUGCAAGUUUGAAGAAGAAAAAAAUACAUUGGCCAAACAUAGUAUUCAGUUGUAGUUCCUGGCAACGCUGUGCAUUAUUUAUCAGUAAUGUAGUGUCAUCUAGAAUGUUUAAAAACACAAAUCCACAGAUUUUAUUAUAUUUCAGGGAAUUUGAGCCAUACAAAGAGAUCUAUAAUUGAAUAACAAAUGUUGCAUAAAUUGCUUUCUGAUAUUUCCUUAAUGACCCAAAGUUAAAUGUUUUUCUGCAAUUAUGAGUUCAAAUCGCUUGACAUUUAGUCUGUUCACAACACAUUUUACAGUUCAGUGCAUUUAAAAAGCAUAAAACACACACAACAACUAAACAGUUCAAAACAGUAAAAAGGAUAAAAAAAAUAUCAAGGCUCAUAUCUGUGCAGGUGGACAAAAUAAAUCCCUGGCUUCUAUGUAAAUGAACAGGAACAGAUAUUUUAAUCCAAGUUACAACCUUUAAAAAAGGUGAUAUUCUAUGCAUAAAUAUUGUUCAAAAUUUGUGAUUAUAGUCAGAUUCAGAAACUUAAUAUGCAGGGGGAUAUUCUCUAUCAUUUGAACAUCUUCAAAUCAGCUUUUUAAUUCAAUUUACGGUGUAAUUUUAUCUCCUAUGGACUGUUUAUCCUCACAUUCAAGCUGGAAGUGCAAUUAUGAGCCAGCGUCAUCGGUUUUAAGUCUUGUGAUAAUUAAAAAGGAAAAAAAAAAGAUAAGAGUCAGAACUAUUUAGCUUUUUUCUAAGAUGUACAUUUUUUUAUUGGAUAUAAGGUAUUUUGUCACACACAUAUGUCAGUUGAUCUUAAAAAACUUGGCUUGGUUUUUAAAGUGGGAGUUGACACAAUUCCGGACUUUAGUAUCCGUAACAUUCACUACUGGUGUGAAACAACUUGUGCACAAUGCUUCAGUCAUCAGUGCUUCCAUACAGUACAAUUUAUAAACACUUGCACGAUUAGUACAAAAAAAAAAAAAACAUCCUCAACAUCUCCAUUUCAAAACAAUAACAAAAAAAGAUGCAUUUCCAAUUCAUGAAAAUUCAAGUAAAAAAGCAUAUGAAAAGUCUUCAGUUUCGCUCGUUUAUGUUUUUCUACAAACACUAACAUUUUGUCCUUUUUUUACAUUCCCAGGCACAAACAUGCCAGGAGAGAAAUGUACAAAAUAUUUAAAGAUCCCAUUACAACCAUUACCGCCAGUGUUGUCACGCUGACUUCUGGACAUACACAGUGUGGCUUUUCAUUGGGACCGGCCAAUGAAGCUCUGCAGCACUUACCAAAUAAUGCAUGUGCACACACACGAACACACCCAUAAUCAUUUGGAGGACAUAUGGGAAUAGGACACAAAAUGUUUAAUACUCAGAUGUUAAGCCUAUCAUAAAUAAAAAAUAAAUCUGUAACUGUACAGACAAACCUUU